AAGAGCGAGAGAGCCCGGGCCAGAGCGCGGAGAGGCCUGCGGGCGGCGGCUGCGGCAGCGGGCGGGUGCCGUCGGGCCGGAGCCUCCCCCGAGCUGCGCCGCGCUCCGCGCUGCGAGCCGUGUGCCACUUCGCCGCGCCCCGGGGCGCGGGGCCGGGCCGGGCGGGGCGGGGCAGCAGCUCCCGGAGGCCGCGGCCCGCAGCUGCCCGCUGCGCUUAGGCGGGGCGCGGGCUGCGCGCUCCGCGGCUCGGUGGUCCCGCCGGGGGCCGGCGGCGGCGGCGGGGGCGGAGGAGGCGGCGGGGACGCGCGGCACUCCGCCAUGGACGACAAGGCGUUCACCAAGGAGCUGGACCAGUGGGUGGAGCAGCUGAACGAGUGUAAGCAGCUGAACGAGAACCAAGUGCGGACGCUCUGCGAGAAGGCUAAGGAAAUUUUAACAAAAGAAUCAAAUGUGCAAGAGGUCCGCUGUCCUGUUACUGUCUGUGGAGAUGUGCAUGGCCAAUUCCAUGACCUUAUGGAACUCUUCAGAAUUGGUGGGAAAUCACCAGAUACAAACUAUCUAUUCAUGGGUGACUACGUAGACAGAGGUUAUUAUUCUGUGGAGACUGUGACUCUGCUUGUAGCAUUAAAGGUGCGCUAUCCAGAGCGCAUUACAAUAUUGCGAGGAAAUCAUGAAAGCCGACAGAUCACCCAAGUGUAUGGCUUUUAUGAUGAAUGUCUGCGAAAGUAUGGGAAUGCUAAUGUGUGGAAAUACUUUACAGAUCUCUUCGACUAUCUUCCACUUACAGCUUUAGUGGAUGGACAGAUAUUCUGCCUCCAUGGUGGCCUGUCUCCAUCCAUAGAUACACUGGAUCAUAUAAGAGCCCUGGAUCGUUUACAAGAAGUUCCACAUGAGGGCCCAAUGUGUGAUCUCUUAUGGUCAGAUCCAGAUGACCGUGGUGGAUGGGGCAUUUCACCACGUGGUGCUGGCUAUACCUUUGGACAAGAUAUUUCUGAAACAUUUAACCAUGCCAACGGUCUCACACUGGUGUCUCGCGCUCACCAGCUUGUAAUGGAAGGUUAUAAUUGGUGCCAUGAUCGGAAUGUGGUUACCAUUUUUAGUGCGCCCAAUUACUGCUACCGCUGUGGAAAUCAGGCUGCUAUCAUGGAAUUAGAUGACACUUUAAAAUAUUCUUUUCUUCAGUUUGACCCAGCACCUCGUCGUGGAGAGCCUCAUGUGACCCGGCGUACCCCAGACUACUUCCUAUAAAUUCCUCCCCAGGACCUUUCUUUGUAUGUGGAAGUAUACCUGGCUUUUUAAAAUAUAUAUAUAUACAUAUAUA